AUGGAGAAAGAAGGAAACAACUUCAUAAGUCAAACUCCUUUACAAAUCAAGAAGAAUAUGGAGACUCAAAGACCAAAGCAAGCUAUAGUGGAGAAUAACCAAAACAUGGAGAAACAAACAAGCAAUUCUGAGAGAAAAAAAGACAUCAAAUGUUUCAAGUUCUUAGGAAGAGGGAAUAUUGCUAAUAUGUCUCCCAAUCAAAACACUAUGUUGCUAUUGGAUGAUGAUGAAGUUGCUUCUGACUUUGAAGACAAGAUCCAUGAAGAAAACGAUGGAAGUUGUACAAAUGUGGCAAGUACCAUCAUGGUUGACAAGUUGGCUUUGGAGAGAUUGAAGCAUCCAACUCCAUACAAGUUACAAGGGCUCAAUGAAAGAGGUGAGUUUAAUAUGACCAAGAAAGUUUUAAUCUCAUUUUCCAUUGAAAGGAUGGUUCACGUGAAAGGCAACUUUCAAAAGGAAGUUGAGGCAAGAAUGAAACGCCAAGGUCAAGGCAACAACCCCAAUCCUUUUCAAACUGGAAACUUUUACUCUGAUGGUGAUGUUGGAUCUGAUCAACAUAAUGUGGUUCCUGAUGGUCAUACUUCCAUGAGAAGGAAUGGUCAAACCAGUUCUAAUAUCGAUACUCAAAACCAUGUGGGUUUUGCUCAAUUCUUGGGUGAUGACUUUUUGCUCUCGCCUCUCGGUGAUCAGACUGUCACGACUCAAACAUUUGAGACAAGUUUUAACCCUCUUCUGCAAAAUAACAGCAGGAGCGCUGGUAAUGACCCGAUCGAACCGUCGUUAGGGGCCGAUUCUGGUGUUCUCCAACAUAGCUUUGAUCUGAAUGAUGUGGAACAUCCUGAAAGAACCCGUAUUGAUGCAAGUCAGGGAAAUGGACCAUACAUAGGAUCAGGUGGUGAUAACAUUCAAACCCUUGGUGGUUCUUCGAGUCCAGUCAUGAUUUAUUCAGGAGUAGCUGGAUAUGUUAUUGAAGAAAAUAUAAGCCCAGAUGAACUUCCGGUUGAGGGUCAAAGAAGGCUUAUAUGCAAAAGAAAGGCGCCUGAAUUGGCUUCAGGCUCUGCAUGUCAAGCUCAGAAUUCUCAACAGCCAAUGACUAUGGCCCAAAACAAUGCCAGCAUCAACAGCUUAACUGCAGCUAAUAAUGAUCAUUCAGGACUUGGGGCUACUUUGCCUACAUCCUCUAACUCGUAUCAAUUUCCAAGUGAGGCUAGACAAGUAUAUAACUUUCAAAGCAAUACCCGUCUGAGAACUGCAAAUCAACCGGUUGCAACACCAACAAACCUGUGGACAUGGAACUCGAGCAAUUCUAGAGUACAACCAACUGGCCAACACCCCUUUACCCUUUCAAUCUCAGCAACGGCGCUGAUGCUAGUAAAUUCAACCGUGCAGCCAUUUGUCCAAGUCUCUAACUCGUCGCAAGCUCUGCAACAUUAUUGGAACGGAACAAACCUGUCAUGGGUUGGUCCUUCUUCCGUCCCUCUUGAUCAGGCUGUAAACGUGCCAGCAAACCUGAACUUGGUCAAUGAGAAUGUAAACGCCUCGUCUUCAAGAAUCCAAUCUGGUUCAAGCAGGCAUCUACCGAAUUCAUCCAUAAGAUCCCCUAUUCCAAAUAUGGCUGCACAAUAUGGACAAAGAGGGCUAGAUAUUGUCAAUCCAUCUGAGUCCUGGAGGCGAGGGAGUUUCUGUCCAAUACUUCCUAGUGCUUCCCCUGAUGCCAGGCCUGCCCAGGUUCCUCUGAGGUUAGGACCAAGAGCCGAGAGACAAGCUGGUCGUCAUUCUGGAGUCCCACUAUAUACAGGUCAAAGGAGAAGACUGAUAUCUGAGUUCCGCAACCGCAAUGCCUUCGGACUUGUACGAAUGCCUGCUGCCUUACGAGUUGAGGAUGUAAUGGUAAUUGAUGGUUCAUAUUUGUAUGGCAUGCCUGAGGUGCCUGAUAUUCUUGAGGAUAUGCGCCUCGAUGUCGAUAACAUGUCAUAUGAGGAACUGCUGGAACUGGAGGAGCAAAUUGGGAAUGUUUGCACUGGUCUAAGCGAGGAAACUAUUCUAGCCAAUCUGACAAGUCGAAAAUAUCAGUCCGGACCACCAGAAGAAAUUGAACCUUGCUGUAUCUGUCAGGAGGAUUAUGCUGAGGGAGAAGAGCUUGGUAAGCUGGGCUGUGGUCAUGAGUUUCACUUCAAUUGCAUUAAGCAAUGGCUUAUGCAGAAGAAUUCAUGCCCCAUUUGCAAAAAUACAGCUUUGGCUGUUUGA